CAACCGGGCUGCAUUGAAUUUAUCUUAGAGUAGAUAUCGCUCACCGCAAGCUCUACUUUUUGAAUAGGAUACUAUAUAAACACUGUGGUCUCUAUGGCUUCCACUUCUACUUCGAUGGAUCGUAAAAUUUCUCGUAGUUGACAAAGAGGAAGGUAGCGCGGGAAAGGAAAGAAAACGCGUGAAAACGACGCCAUUUCCGAACCGAUCAUCGCUGACUAAGUUCUCUGAUUACAAGGUUGUGUUAAAGAACCUACUCGGCAAUCAUGAGUCACGCAGAUCCAGGGUGAGUUUAUGAAAGCCUCUACAUCCUGGUAUAAUUAUAUUUUGUAGAAAAAAAUUAAGUUUUUUUUCGUUUUGUCAAGAUCAACCUCAUCUGUGUUGUUUGACAGAGAAGCGAGUUCGGGUUGCUGUGAAAUCGAAUACUUGUAGAUUUAGUUGAGAUUGUAGGCCGAGAUUGACGGGGAUUAUCUAUUGAUAACAGCAGGGUCUUUUGGUGGGUAAUGAAAAAGAAAGUUACACAGAUGUGAUUCUUGAAUUUUGUUGCUCGGACGAGGAUCGUAGUUUCUUGAGGUCUUUUAAAACAUGUCAGUUAAACACACUGCUUUUGCAGCGUGAAGCUUAAGGUUGCGACUUUUCAUGAUUCACCGCUUGUCUUGAUUACAAUGUGCUCUUGCUUCUGUCAAGUAAUAACCAAACGUAAGCUAAUCAUGGAUUAACUGCUAGCAACUUGGUGAUCCUUUCGAUCACAGAAAUCGUCGUUGCCACCAAAUGAAUUUUAAGGGCAUUGUUUUUAAACGCGUUUUUUGCAAUUAAUUCCUGAAUCUUCCUUGCCGAAUGAAGUACUCUCACCUAACUAAAGAAAACACAUUUAGUCUUCCAGCUGCGGAAUAAUAUAAUGAGGUGAUUUUAAACUGUUGGUGGGCAAAUUUCUAUACCUGUUAUUGCAAAUGCAUAUAUGCGCUUAAUUGCUCACUCAUGUAAUUGUGUGGUAUAUUUUGCAAUUAAUGCUCAAACUUUGAAUAACCAACACACUUUACUUAAUAGAGCCGAAGGAAAGAGCCAUAGGGUAUGCGGUGUGUAUAGGCCAAGGGUGUUAUGAAAACUUUUAUAAUCUUCCAUCCAUUUUAAUUGUCUAAUUGUUUGUGUAGUAUUUCACCCAUCUGAUCAUUAGUCAAUGUUCACUUGCAAUUUUCUGCUUUUAACAUUGCAAGAUGGUUUAUGUUAUUGUCAAAAACUUGUAGUUUCCUAAAAAAAUAUUUUAAUUGAUGUUUCCUGUGCUCACUAAAAUUGAAAAAAAAAAGUAUCAAGCAGCGUUUAUUUCACGCCAUGAAAUAAAUGUUAGUCAGAUUCACAAGUCCGUUGAGUAUUUAUUUUGAUUUGUGAAUGACGAGUUUUGCUUACCCUGCAUGUUGGGACAUAAUUUUAAGGCAUAAUUUCCUCAAGGAAUAUUUUAAUUGAUCUUUCCUGAGUUCAAGUAACAUUUAUUUCACCUUGUGAAAUGUUAGUCAGAUUCACAAGUCAGUUGCAUAGUUAUUUUGAUUUGAGUGAGGAGUUUUGCUUUCCCUGCAUGUUGGGACAUAAUUUUAAGCCAUAUUUAUUUCAAGUUGAAUCUAUACACAAGACUAAAUGGAUCAUUCACAAUAAUGUUUGCAUACCAAUAAUUUGGGUUCAGAUAAUUGAGUACAUGAAUUGAAAAUUAAUCCCUAAACUCUCUUUUUUGUGCAUUAUGCACUGUGUUGAUCUUUAUUUAUUAUUAUUGCUAAAUCCCUAUUGUUGUUUUGGUAUAGUAUGAUAAUAUCAAUGUUGUCAUUUGGUUAGAGUUUGUCAAAUCAGUUCAAUUUUAACUUUUAACAAUGAUCUGCAAUAAAAGAAAACACAGAUUUAUGGCCAGAUUUCAAAAAUCUUAAACUGGCAAAAAUUUGAACCACUUCAUGUGCACAAUCAUAUUAUUCCCACCCUCCUACGUACUUCAUUGUAAUUUUUAUUCCAGAGGGUGAACUGUUAAAACAAAAGCAAAAAAACAAGAAAACAGGGGUGAGAGAGAGAAAAGGACCUUGAGAAUUUCAAAUUUUGUGAAAACACAGUCACUCAGCCCUCUUAGAAGUUACAAUGGUUUUAAUUAGUUAUUUAACCUUAAACCUCAUGGAGCAUCUAAUUUCUCCAAACAGUAAUCACCCAAAACAAACAUAAAGGUCACGAGAAUAAAGAAAAUGAAUGUGAACUUAAGAAGCUCUUAAAAGUUAGUUUGACUUUCUUUGUAAUAACCAUAAGAAGGUAUAACAAACAGUAUGGAUAUUUUACAUUCUGAUGUUAGGCUGUGAAUGAGUUAAACAAAAAUUGACCCUUUCACUUCCAGGAUCUAUUUAGUAAUUCUCCUAACUAUCUGCCAAACAAUUCUUAUGAUGUUAGUUCAGAGAAUUUGGUAUCGGAUCAACUAAUAAUCCCAUAAUUGAUAUUCUUCUCUAUUCUCAUCACCUGCCUGCUUGAUAUUGUAUUGAUAUUGUAAGGAGAAAUUCUGUCUUGGUCACUUGUGGGAGUGAAAGGGUUAAAUAAAUUUAAAAAAAGGGAAUAGGAAAUUGAGAUUUAAGAAGGAAUGACAUCUAACCUAAGUCAACAAAUUGUACAGUUCAUUAAGUGAAAUGAUCUUUAUUGUGUGUGGUUUUCAUUUCCAGUCCUUUAGCUGCCUAUAACAGCUUGCAAGACAAGCAUCUGGCUGGAUAUUUUUCAAACUCUCGUAUGAAGAAACACUUGCAGAAGUCAGGACUGGUAAGAACCAAAAAAACCAACUGAUCUGUUUCCUUAUUUUUUUUUCCCCAACAGGCUUAAAGAGAACUUUAAAGUUUGUUGCAGUCAAGUCAGUUGACACAUGCUUUAAAUUUUAUCUUUUUUUGUACAAUGAUAGUUAAAACUUACUUUUUGGAUAUAUUUUUUGAAUGUUUAAACUAGCUAAUUUAUAAACAACCUUCAAUUUACUAUACUUAUAGGACUGACAAUAAUAACGUUUCUCCUUGUGUUACUAGUGCAAUGGACUGGCAUAUCUCAUUUGUUAAGCUGGCUAGGGAGAGUGGUGAUACUCCCAGUUACUUCAUGCUUAACCAUUUCACUCCUAAGAUCUCACUUGUUAUUCUCCUUACUGUCUGCCAUAUAUUUUUUUUUGGAAUGUUAGUUUGGAGAAUUUGUUAUUAGAUCAACUAAUAAUCCCCUAACUGAUAUUCUUCUUCAUUCUCAUCACUUGUUUGCUUGAUACUGUAUUGAUAUUGUAAGGAGAAAUUCUGUCUUGGUCACUCAUGGGAGUUAAAGGGUAAAAAGAACUGGGAUAAGCUCAGACUGCCUACAUGGGCCACUUGGUUUUAAAGUACAGUCCCUAAUACCUUCUGACAUGUAUGGUGCUAAUUCUCUAAAUGAAGUUUUGGAUGGGGCAUGUUUAUAUAGAGUACCUCAUAACGCUUUUUUUUUGCUAUAUAUAUGACUCCUUAUAUAUUAUAACCCUGUGUUUCUGUACCAUUAGGUAACCAGAAAGGGGAAGAUAAUUGAUGAGAAGACAUACAGACUUAACAUGGCCAAGAAGGAACACAGGAAACAUGUGCGUGAUCUCCUAGCAACUGCUAUUGUGCACAAGACAUUGGAUAUGGAGGUGAACAUUCCUGUUUCACAAUGAUAGUCAUGAAACAGUCAGUGGGGUGACAUGUAGCCUACAGAGCAGACAUAAGUUUGGCAAGCAAGUGCUCAGUAUUCUCUAAACAAAAGUUAUGGCCACCAUCUUUGAUUUUAAUGGCAGUGGAAGGCUGGGGAGAGAAAUAAAUUUGUACCAAGAGGGCAGUCAACGGUUUAAAAUAAGGAGAGGGGUAGGGGAGUGAAGAAAAUAGCCCUUUCCCUCCCCCAGCAUCCACUCUAACUCCAACUCAAACAAUUGGCUGGUUAGAUAAACGAUCGUGAGCUAAUAUAAAGUUAACUUGCCCAAAUUAAAGACACCCACACUGCAGGCAAGGUGACAUAAGAUAAUUUGUGGAUAGUAAGUAAGCAAUUGGUAGAAAAGAUAUAUCUAGUUUUGUUGUUUUUUCUUCUGAUUCAUUGCUAGUUUAACUUAGGUGUUUGCAAAGGAGAAGAAAUGAUUUGGUUUCAGCUAAAGUAUUUUUAGGUUGCAAUGAGUGUGAAGGGUUUUUACUUUUUUGCAUAUGUUGAAUGUUAUACUUUUUUUUCACUUUGCAGAGGGUUCGUCAGUAUGAGAUAAGAAAGAGACUGGAUGAAAUAUACAAAGUUGAGUUGGUCAGAAGAGUGAAGGUGAUUAUGAUUAAGAAUUUUAAAAAAAACACAUAUUUAAAAAAAGUGAUGUAUGAUAUUAAAAAGGGCAUGCCAAAUUUUUUUUAUCUUAAGGAAAUGAAUUGCUCAUUCACAUUUUUUUAAAAGUAUAAUAUUAUUCUUAGUAUAUACCAUACAAGUGAAAAGUGAUUUCGCGCAUACUGAUUGGCUAGUUCAGAAGUGAAUGACAAGUACUAUUCACCUCUGAGUGGCUCAUGAGACAAAAUUGCACAUCAAGAGUUUAAUUCCCGACCAUCUCUCAGUGUAUAUUGAAAGAAAUAAACUGACAUGUUUUGAUAUCUGGGUGGUAUAUUCUGAACUGCAAUAAUUCACCUUAGUGUCAGUGAAAGUGGUACAUGCUUUAAUUGAGCUGCAAAGUAUCAAGUUAAAUAUAACCCUGGCCUAUUCACUUCCACUUAGUUCAGAAUAACUGUUCUUUUAAUUUUUUAUGAUCAUAAAAUGCAUUCCUGGUUUUUUGCAUUUGGAAUUUGAAAUAUAAUAAUAUCUCUAAACCUUGCUUGAUUCUGUACUCUUAUUGCACUUGUCUUAAGAUAAAGUUAAAUCUUUUUUCAAUCCUAUUCUCUUACUCCUUCACAAUGUGCUUCUUCUUCUUUGCUUUAAAGACAGUGGAAACUAAGUUAAAGGUGAGAGUCUCUCUAAAAUAGUAACAUAUUAUAAACUUUAAUUUUUUUUUCUGAGUUCAUUAAAAAAAGGCUGGAGAUUAGAGCUUGCCAAAUGGUUGAUUAAAAAAAAAAUGUACUCAGUAGCUCUUUAAAAAGAAAUUAAUUAAAAUAAGCUUUUUACAAAUUCAUAGAAAUGUGCAUAGAGCAUUGACAGAGAGCAAAACUAAAUACAACUACUGUCACUGUAGGAAGUUAAUCAAUAUUUAUUUUCAUGUAAUGUAAAAUUUUUUUUUUAGGAUGGGCUACUAUCUUGACACAAUAGCUCUACUUGUGCAUAUAUGUAUUCAUCUAAAAAUCCAACUUUGGGAAUAAUUAUUGGUGAACAUAAUAGUCACAAAGUCUCACCUCUAUCAAUUUGUAUCUGCAUUCUGAAAAACACUGUCAAAUGCAUCAAAUAUUAGGACAUGCCUUUUAAUGUUAAUUCCCAGAGGUGAUUUUAAAACUUGUAACUUCUUCCUAUAGUAUCCAUGCAUUACCAGCAAACUGGUCAUGAGAGUAUACAUUUACACAUAUCAAGUAGAACUCUUUGUCUUGAUUUAACACCAAUUAUUCCUGCGCAACCGAUUUGCAAGAAAGAGUGCAGUAGCUAGAGGGGAGAAUUAACAAUCAGAUCAUAAGAGUUGAAGGGUUAAUCUAUACCUUGUUGAUCAAGAUACUCUGCAAUAAAGCAAAAGUGUCUUCAGGAAUGAAUUUUAUGAUUUAAUGUUCUUGUCAAGAUAGAAUGUUGAUGCCUUCUUUUGCCUUCAGCAGUAUGCUUUCAUUGCCAAUAACUUGGUUACCUAUUAAUCCUUUUGAGCUACAAUUUUUCAAAAUGAAUUAUAAAUGAUACUAAGUUUCUUGAAAAAAGUUUUAAAUCUCUCAAUGAAAAUUCCAAGACCUGUUAUAAUUUAUUAAUUUAUUUCUUCAUUUGUAGGAGGGAAGAAAUAGAAAAGGUGAUGAGGAUAUUCUUCCUCUUCUUUCUCCUCGAGAACGAACAGCUCGGCAAAUGGCUAAGGCACAACUGAGAGACAGGCCUUCCACAGCACCAGCUACAAUGACAGGCGGUGACGAAGAGGACCAAGGAGAUCUGAAACCUUCGGAGAUAUAUUAUGACAAUGAUACCCAGAAAAUAUACUACAGGGUAACAGUCUUGAUCUGCUAGAGAGUCUUUUGAGUUUUAGAUUUACAGUUUUAUAGCACUGGACAAAAUUAUUACAAUUUUCAUCAUGUGAUGCAUGCACUAAAUCAGUCCAUUUUUUCCACAUGAUCCAUUUGACACAUGUACAGAAUGGUCCAAAAUUAAAAAUCUUUGUAUAAGUCUGAUUAGAAAUGAUAGGGGUUAAGACUUUCUCAUGGCUGAUAUAGUAGUUAUCAGUUACCCAGCAGUUUUAAAACAGAUGUAUGCAAAUUUUGCAGAAUGAGUUUUUUUCACAUGCCUAAUUUAAUGUUGAGAUCUGUAUGUAGGGUGAAAUCAUACCAUCAGGUAAAUUGUUUCUGUAAAGUUUUGCAAGUCAAAUUAGUGAGAGAUAUCCUGUAUUUCAAAUAUCAGCUACUAGUUUUUGGAAUUCACUUCCCAAUGAAAUUAAGAAUAGCUCAAGUUUAGAAAUUUUAAAGAAGUCUUUAUAUAAGUAUUUUUUUGGAGUCCUAUAAAGAUGUUCAUCACUUAACUGUAGCUUGCAAUAGGCUAUUAUAUUUGAUUCUCAUAUAUUUUUUAUUAAUCCUUAAUAGAUAAUUCUCAUUUUAAUUGUUCAAUUACCUAGUCUUAAUCACUUCAUUAUUUAUAUGUAUUUGUGUUUAUUUUUAAUUUGUUUUUGAGGGCCACAAGUAUAUCAGAAUUUUAUACUGUCAAGUGUCACCCUUGAAAUAUAAAGUAGAUUAUUAUUAUUAUUAUUGUUAUUAUUAUUAUUUCAAAUACAUCUUGUUUCUAUGACACAGAGAUCAAGUGAACUGUGUUUAUAGAAGCACAAUGUACUUUGGAAAAAAAAAUUAAAUACAAAAUAGAUUUAACCUACUCCAAACUGUCUAAUUAAGAUAUUUCUUAUAUAAUAUACAUAGUGGAACCGAAUGAUGUGCUUACAAUUUGGUUUUGUUUGUUGCAAGGUUGAUUCAAAUCCAUCCGCCAUGAAUGGCUAUCUUAAAGAUGAGACAGAGGAACUUGGUCCAUCUCCAUACACCAGAGCAUAUCCUGCCACUUACCCAGCCCCAGCACCUCCCCCAACAGGAACACCACGGCGUUCCAGGACUGCUGGCUCUACAAGGAGAGGCGUAAAGCUUCAAAGGGUAUGUCAGAAAGCAAAUGGUGAUGACUGACAUUACCUUGCCAUUACCAAAAUUGUUUGUUGUGUUCUAGAAAAGAAGAACAUCUUGAAAACAGAGACAGUCCUUUAAUCAUGAAUUACACACACAGCAUAAUUUACUUCAACAACAAAAUAUAUAGAUAUGGGAAAGUUAUGUGAUAUAAUUUACAUGAUGAAAAGUGAUAGUACUGAAUGCUACAUAUAUGAGUGGAAGAAUUAACAACUUGUAAUUAACCCUAAGUUUGUGUUCUAUUUGCAAUUAAUACUACAUAGUUAUGAUCAUUAUACUUUUAAUUUAUCACCCUUUUGUAGUAUCAUUUCUUGGCCAGAACUGAACCAGCAGUUGCCCGCAGAGUACAGGUAUUGAAAUGCAUUCUAAUGUUUCAAGCCAUUUUUUUUCUGGUUUAAAAAUUUCAAAUCGGUGGAGGUUUAAUUUUUUUAGCAAGUUUGGAGUGGCCAUGGGCUCUUUUGCCUUUUUUUUUUUUUUCUCUUCACAACUUUGUUUCUUCAUCUACAAAUGUUUAGUGAGACAAAGUAGCAUUCAUGGAAAUAUGAUGUACCUAUCGAUGCCAUACAUUGUAUUUGUAAUCAAAUUUUGACUCACAAAAAUUGCUUCUUUGAAUGUAUAUACCACUGAAGACACAGACAUAAAGUUAUGGAAUGAUAAAUCUCUGUCUGUUUAAACUGACUGGGGAGAUCCAAGUAUGCAUUUUACUUUCAAUAAGGAAUGAAUUUUUUAACCCUUUAACUCCUGAGAUCUGAUUGGUAGUUCUCCUCUUUAGCUGCUACACAUACUUUUGAAUAACUUAUGAGAAUUUUGGUGUUAGAUCAAGACAACAACUUCUACCUGAUAAGUUUGAAUAUUAUCAUUAGCUGUUUGUUGGAUAAUGUAAGGAUAUUAUAGGGAGAAGUUUCAUGCUGAUCACUUCUAGGAGUUGAAGGGUUAGCAGCCCUGUCAGAAAGAAAGAGACACCUACAUGUAACCUAACAGGUGCCUGUUUCUUUGUUUAGCUUCAAUCCUUGGCAGAAGUGACAAUGAAGUUUGUUGGUCCCAGUCUGGUGCUCACCAACAGCAUGUUUCCAGAAGACAGAUUAUCGGAAGUAAUGGUUCUGCAGCAGCACUGUGGAGGAAGCACUUUGUGUGUUUUCAGAGAACUGUUGCCUCCAAACAGUAAGUUGUGUUAGAAGCAGUAUUACUUGUUCCUUAGGAAUGUGAACAUCUAAAGAGGUGUCACACCCCAAACAAGAACUUCUAUUAAUAUCCUUUUGCUUGUUUUUGUGUUGUUGUUUAUUAUUUUGUUGUUGUUUUUUUAUUUUGUUGUUGUUUUUUUGCUUUUUUUGUGAUGACAUUACACCUGUAUACUGUCAGUGAAAGAUAACAUUUUGAAUGAAAGUUUUGAAAUGGAACUUCUUCGUGGAAAUUGUUUCGUUGUCAACCAACUUGCCUCAACAAUUGUCUCACAGUUAUUCCAGUGUAUUCAUGUUCUUUUUUUUCGUUUUUCGGUCUUUGUUGUUUUUUUCUGAUGUCUUAUACUCCUAAUUUUAAGAUAUUUACAAGAAUUACUUUUACCUAUGAGUUUCUCCCAAUUUCAUUUCUUUCCUGUUUGAAUGCAUAUUUUUAUGCUUUCUUUUUUUCCUUUUUCUAGCGAUUUUUACCUUCAUCUCACGGCGUCACAGGGGUUCCCCCUUUGGUUUGACAUUUUACAUUGAUGGCAUGCAAGAUAUUCGACUCAGCUGUUGUUGUGAAUACAAACACAAACCUGGUCAUGUCUUGGGUGGUAGAAAUGGUCAUUUUCAGUUUGUUGUUGUUGAGGGAGCUGCACCCUGUUACAGGUAAAUUUUCAAUAAUGAAUGUUUACAUGCAUUCACUUCUCUCUGGCUCUGACUCUGUUCUUUAUUAUUGAUAAUGGUGAUAGGACUGAGUGGUGUUCAAUUCAGUCUGUAGUCGCACUCGUAAUUAACAAUUGGACUACUGCGAAACGGGAAUCCGACUUAUUAUGUACGAGUAAUUGAUUACAGACGGAAUUGAACAAUAGGAAGUCCUUUUACCAACUAAUCAUAACUAUCACAUAAUUAGAUAAAUAAACUAGCCAUCAGUUACUGCUUAUUGUGAAAUAUUUUCUCUUUCCUAAACAAAAUUUUUGCCAUAUGAGGAAGGAUUUUAUUAAGGUGGCAGUUGUAAAUUUGUAAUUAUUUCUGGCUUUACAGAUGUCAAGUUGCAUCAGCUCACAGAUAUUCCAAGAAGCAUAAGGCUGGUGGUGAAGCCGACAGAUCUAAAACUUUUAUGACUGAGGUAAAUUUAGUUUUUUUCUUGUUUUUCAUUUAUUUUUAUUAUUGUUUUGUUUGAAUCUGGGGCAUACACUGUAUGACUGUUUCUCAAUUUGCAGACAGCUUAUGAGCAGGAAGAGGAAGAACAAGGAGAGACAUUUGAUGUGAUAAUAACUAAGCUAAAACCUGAAUCAGAUGGUGAUCAAGUGGAUGGGGACGAGGAAAAAGGUAAAAAAGUUAGCAUGAUUGUAUUGUCAUUUAGCUAAGAAAGUGUUUUACCCUGGAUGUAAUUUAUUUCUCUCUGGUAUACGGUAGUCCGCUCAUAAGUACGUUGAUGACAGUCUCGACUCGAAACUCGAUUCUCGAUCCCAAAACCUUCGGGAAUCAAGUUUCGAGAAUCACGUAUCGAAGAUCGAAGAUCGAGAUUUGAGAAUCUGGAGUCGGGGACCGAGAAUUGAGGAUCGAGAAGCGAGGAUCAAAUAUCGAGACGUUCGAAGAGCUUAUCGAGGAUAUCGAUGCGCAUGUUCAGGGAAACAGUGUUAUGCUCUCACGCUUAACAAUGGCGUUGGACAAAGCGCUUGACAUGUAGCCUCUCAUUUUUUGAUACACAUGCAGCUUGAUCUUCCUUGAUUUACGUGUACCAGGUGUUAUCUUUCUGCGCAUUUUAGUGAACUUUCCAUGUUGCACCUAGGCAGACCAUGUCUAAUAGGCGCGAUUGUGAAGUAAACUAAGAAAUUCGAUUGCGCUAAGAGGUUUAAAUUAUUAUUGAUAGAUUAAAGUUAUUUGUAAAUGAAAAGUAAGGUAAAACAAGCUCUUAUAUGAAAACAUGAAAAAAGUCAGCCUAUAAUUCAAACGAUGGCAUCGUUAUUACUUGUUAAAUAUAAUUCUUUUAUCUAUCUGUUAUCUUACUGAAGAAGGAUGAAUUUUGAAUUAACUUUUAUAUUACAUUUCAAACAGCGGAUGUGCUAAUCUCUCUUUGGCAAAGCCUGUAAGGAACAAAUUGAAAAGUCAUCCUCUAAACGAAAGCUCUUACGUGGCAUGUAAAAUCAUAUAAGUAAUUUACAAUUAAGAGCAAUUUUCAAUUUAAUGUCCAAAGUAAUGAGGGAUUACAUUGGUUUUGCUUUACUUUGCUCUGUGACUGGUCCAGAAACUUGCGCCAGUCUCUCAACCAAUCAGAUGUAAAACUGAGCCCAAUUAUGACUAUAUCACCCGCGUUUUCCCGCGCUUAAGGCAGUAUGGCUGUUUUUACAUUGAGUUCUUAUCGGCCUUUACACGUAUUUCCCUUUCUUUCGAUUGACCGUUGUGAUGACUUUGGUUUUCGUUUAACGACGCUCCAUCGAAAAGCGUAUUUGAUUUUUGAUCUUCCCUGUAUUAAACACAGAUACACGUGCCUUCACGAUAAAAGUAUUUCCAACAAGAGGCUUUGUUGAAAUAAUAUCUUGUAAGUAAAUCAAACGGUAUUCAGGUAGGGCUAGAGGCAAGAGUCCGGAUUUUUUUAAGGAUUUAUGGAGUUAAACGGGCUUCGACAAUUUAUAUGACAAUGAACAUUUAAGGUUUUGUUGUUGUUGUUGUUGUUGUUGUUGUUUAUUGAUAAUGUUUAAAAACAAUGCAGCAGAUAGCCAAAAGGUUGGCCUAGAGCCGUGGUUAAUUUACGGCUUCAAAAGUUACUUCGCUAGGUACUUUUAUUUGAAAGAGAAAUAUGUAAGGAGACGAACCAGUUACAUUGUAUGGCAAAUAAAUGACCGUUCUGAAUGAGUUUGAAGGUGUUUCCAUACAAUUUCACCGCGGGAAUCUCUAUUAUUUAAACAGUUACAAGGAAGUGAAGCUUGUGCUAAAUGCAUUGACCGGUGUAAGGUUGAUAUUUUGCUGAUCUUAUAACGUGCAAUCACGUGUUAAAGCAAUUACAUUUUUUUUGUUUUUUUGUUUUUUUUUGGUUUUAAGAUGAAAAUAUUUCUUUUUUAAGUUAAAUUUUUUUUAAUUAUUAUCAUCACCCAUUAUUUAUUAAGACUACACAUGUAGGCUAGCCUUCAGAGAUGCUUUAUUGAUUAGACAAUGCCACACAUCAUGCAUUUUGUCAUUAAAAUCAAUCCGGCUUUGGCAGAAUUAAAACUUAAGAGCACAAAUAUUGCGUGGGUUCUCAUGCUGCCAGUGAAAAAUAGAUGUUGAUUAGAAUCGACGAAGUUGCAACCGUUUUGGCCAUCACCUAAGUGACGAUAUCGAAACAGUUAUUCUUACUAAAUUUCAGUCGGUUCAGUGGCUGUUGCAGAAUAAUCCUACGGUUUUUCAAAGAAGUUCUACUUUAAUAUUCACCUCUGGUUUUCUUUCUAAUUGACAGACGAAGGUGAAAUGGUAGACAGUAGUACCCAGACCCCUCGUGAUGAGAAUAACGCCAAGGACAAAGAAGAAUUGACAGUUGAAGAUGAGGAGAACACUAAAGAGAAUAAUCCAGGUAAGACAUCAAGGAAAGAAAUAGUUUUCUUUUUUGUGUCGGGGACUGGGCCUACCAUAUUUCAAUUGAAUGACAAACCGAAUAAGUUGAUUGACGACAGGAAAUGAUUUUUGUUAUUAUAUACAGUUCAAGAAAGGGGUAAUCUUUUGUGAGAAACACUGCUUGUGAUCGGAGAACGCCGCCUUUUACCGUGACAUUUUGAUUUACAAAAAAUAAAAUCUUUAAAAAUUCUACCUAUUGUUACAUUGCGCGAAUGCUAUCACCAGCGGCCGGAGAAUCCAGUAAAUUUUUUGAAGACGACGUUGAUUGAGUUUCUCGGAAUGAGCCUUGCUCCUUUUUCACUAAUUAGUCAGUUAGUAAAACGGAGCGAAAUAGCUCCGGCGGAACGAGAAAAAUGGGAGACUUGGGUCGGGUCGCGUAUGAAGGGGAGUUUGGGUCUUGAGUUCUUUACACGACUCGAUCCGACCCAAAUCUCUCUCAUUUUUUCAUUCCUCUGCUACUAUCGCGCCGUUUGCUAUCGUGUUUUGCGUUGUAAACGGAGCGCCUGGAACAGGUUAUAAGUAAUGUAAACGUCCUGUAUUGACAAGAACGUUUUUUUUUUUCGGUGACAGAUGAAGGUGGUGGCGAAGGUGAAGAAUCAGGAGCUGAUAAAUAUGAGAAUGAUGAGUUCGAGGAAUCCCCGGACAAGGAAGAAGACAACAAGGAAAAAAGUGACGCGAAACAAGAAACUGAUAAAGAAGAUGACAAAGAUGAUAAAGAUGGUAAAGAUGACGAAGAAUAUAAUGAAGACUUCGAGUCGGAUGGAGAGAAAGAGAAAAGCAAGUCUGAGAGUGAGGGUGAAGAGGAUGAAGACAGUGAAAAAGAAGAUGAUGAACCUGAAGAUGAUAUUCCAGAUGAAACAGAGGAAAAACAGGCAGCUGACACUGGAAAACGAGAGGAUGAUCCUGAAGAGAUUGAGGAUGAAACAGAGAAGGAAAACAAUCACGUAAGUGUUAAACAUUAACAGAAGAAACCAAUUGCCCGGUCUCCUCGACUUGUGCGUCCCAAAACCAAAAAACCCUAAGUAAUCAGGUAGGCUAAUCAGAACAAACAAAAUAUUUCAAGGAGCUCAAAAGAACUCAAAGGCAAAAGAAGCAAACUGCGGGAGCAUGUAUAUGUCAAAGUGCAGAUUUGUUCUGCAGCUGAUUGGCCAAGAGGGUGACGCGAAUUUUCUAAACUUACCACAGAGUGAUGGAAAGUAAACCAUGCAAUUACAUCCCAGAUUUCAGUACUUCCGACACACAGCCGAAAAGUGCUCAACUUACAAACAAUAAGCCAUGUACAUUUACCACGAGAGCCUCUGUAACGUAUCUGUUUGUGUUACAGAAACCGUGUAUUGUAGUGUACAGGAAUAAAUCAAUCUCAGAUAAACAUCUUUAGGAAGCAGGGUAAAUUUUCUCCUGGCUCGCAGAUAACCUAUGCUUGUCUAGGCGGGCCCGUUUAAAAAGUACUAAUUACAGACAAUUCGUAAUCAUAGAUGCAUACCUUGAAAUACGUUACGAUACAAUACAACUACUACUACUGCAGACAACUACUAACGGAUAAAACAAAUGAUAGAAAAAAAUUAAUAAUAAUAAUAAUAAUAAUAAUAUUGUGCAUUCGAAAACGUUGAAAAUAGUUAUUCCAAUAACAGUAAUAAUAAUAAUAAUGAUAAUAAUGAUAAAAGUGAUGACAACAAAGGUAGUAAUUGUAAUAAUGAUAAUAUUAAUAGUAAAUAUAAUAAUAUCGAUAAUAGCAAUAGUAAAAUGAAAUAAAAUAACUAGAAGUAAUCUGUAGAUCUAAUGCGAAAAGUGAAUUAAUAAAUCUAAAUAACAAAAGUAAACAAGAAUAAAAGAAUUAUAACAAAAAUAAAUCUAAAUGAAAUAAACUAUAUUAAGGCAAAGCUCCUUACUUGUUCUAAUAAGCACAAUAAAUUAAUAGAAACUGUUAUGUCGAUACAGCUAUGUUUCCGGGGAGGUGAGUCUAGCAAUCUGGAUUGCUUUAUCUUUUCUUUGUAAGAAAACAAUCGACAAUUUGAAAAUGGAAAGAGAAUGGAAAAUAACGAUACUGAUAAUAUUAACUAAAAGUAAGUUUAAAACAAAAUAAUGUUCCCACAAAUAAAUGAUAAUAAAGUCUGGCGAAAGGUGUGAUACAAUUCUGGGCGAUAUUUUGAAUCAUCUUAACAAACUGAGGAAUGUUUUACGUGAAACCUGACGAAAUAUUGAGAGCUUAAAAGCGGUGGUUUUUUUUUUUAAUAAAUUAAAUAACCAUUUUAUAGAUAUAAUUUAAUAUACAAAUAAAUCUAGGGAAGGGUUUUGUUAAUUUGUUUGUCUGUUUGUUUGUUUGUUCGUUUUACUUUUGUUUUAAUUUUUUCGGUAAUGAUGGGGAGGUUUCUAAAUUGAUAACCCUGUUAUAUAUGAUCGAUGUUUCGGAGGGUGUUUUGAAACAUCUCCAACCUAAAUUCAUUCCUUGGUAUGGCAUUGCGCAUCCUUACUGCAAAAGAUUCCAUGCACACUUAGUGCGUCCUGUACUAAGUGGUCGUGGCCUGCUAGAGAGAUUGAUCAUCACUUUAAUACAUAAUUGUAAUUUUUGCUUUGUCUGGUGGUGAAUUUGAGCAAUAGCUGCCUUGUUUGUAAAACGAAACGACGAAGUUUUUGGCUACGGUUAUAUUUUCCUUUGUGGUCAAAUUCUUUUGUUUCGACAUAUUUUACUUUGAAAAGGGGACUAAUCGUAAUCCCAUUGAGGUAGUUCUACUGGGUGAUAUUUUCCUCCGGAUGUUAUGAAUAUCGACUUAUGAUAAUCGGUUGAUGUAAUGUUUGCAUGAAUAUAAGAAUGGAUAUUAAGACAGUAAUUUGAAUUGAGCGGAUUGUUUUGACUUGGCUUUACUUCGUUCUGUGAUUGGUUCAGAAAACUCGCGUCAUACUCUCAACCAAUCAGAUGCAAAAUUAAAACCAUCGCGGCUGUGCACCGGGCUCUUCCCGCGCUCGAGCAGUUUGCUUCUUUAAACUCUGAAUUUUCAUUGGCUUAUGAGGAUGUUGACCUCUUUGUUGAUUGGUUGUUGCAAUAACGUUGAUUUUGGCCUUCAGACGCUCAGCGGAAACCUGAUCCAACACGCCUCUCGAUUAGCCUUUUAAACGUUGACCCCAUUUUGUUGUUGUGUUUGUUGAUGACAGGAUGCUGAACGCCCAGCGAGUCCAACAGACUCUGAAGGAAGACAUAGCAAGAAUGUUUCGUUUGAUGAGGAUGUCACUGUUAUUGAAGGUGACCAAGAUGGAGAGAGAGGCGAGGAAGGUGAAGAGGUAUGGCAGCGAAACGACUAGCUUGUCGUGUGUUAAGCCAAGUGCAUGAUCCUUCACAAAUUUCCUUUAAUGUCUUAAAUCGAUUCUCGAGGGCAGCUCGUUAUCCAAGACGUCCUUGAUAACCCUGAUAAUACAUUGUACGAUGUUCAUUUUUUUAGACUCCAGACGAAGUACCAGACGACGAAGAAACGCCAAACAAGCAGGGUCCAAGUACAAGUAUUGCUGAGCAGGAUGACGAGGAGGCUGAAGACGUCCCUGAGUCCCUGGAUCACGGACGGGAGAACGGAGUCACUAACCCAGCUGAGCAGGAGCAUCAAGAGGAUGACCAACCUGACAGGAAUGAUACUGUGAAGUCUCCAGAGCUUAGUGACAGCAGCAGCAGCAGUAGUAGUAGCAGUAGCAGUAGUGAAAGCAGCGACAGCGAGGAUGAAGGAAAACAAGGUAUAAUGGUUAGAAAAGAGUGAUAUCGUACUCUGUCGUACCAAUAACCAAUAAGACAUCAACAACAUGAUUGACAAGCUAAUUGUAAUCUAAUAGCUUGUCGGUAGUCGUUUGUCUACAAGUACUGUAAUCAAAUGUAAUCAAAGAUCCUGGAAGUGUGUAGUGCUUUGCACCUACGUAGGGAGCCAACUCCAACACCAUUUGGAGAUGUAAAGUAAUGGAAAGGUUGCUAAAAUUAAAAUGUCAGUCGACCAAGUAAAUAAGGUAAAAAAGCAAGGAAAUUUUGAGUAAUAUGUAUGCAAAUGUUUAUCUCACUCUAAGUUAACGCCGUAAACAUUUAGUAAUAAAAAUGUUCCAGCAUGCUGCAUUACCGUCAGAGGCAGGUGGCCAAAUUGGCGACUUUCUUAGCAUAUUUGGUCGCCAAGUUUCACUUGUUUUCUACUCACAAAACAGUCGCAUCUUAGAGCACUGCCAGCAUGUUGUUGUUGUUGUUGGUUUUUUUUUUUCCUUUCAAUUUUUCACCGUUAACUCUCUGUUUCUUGUUUCUUGUUUAUCGCCAGAGCGAGAUUCCAAAAAGAAUGGGAAACUGAAGUCAGGACCUGAUCAAGAUCCCGGAAGUGAUCCAGACUUAGUCUCAUCCGGUCAGUUACCGGAUCAGGCUUUGAAGGCAGUUGGCGUGCGGCCUGGUGCCAAGCACCAGGGUUCAGUCCGUUCUCUGCUGGAAGGGAAAGAGGAUGUUGACAUCGCUGGCGUUGAACUUGCCAAAGAACAGGUACAGUAUAGGCACGAUUGCAGGAAUUUGAGUGUUCUGACAUUUUCAUUUUUAUUCAAUUUUGACCCUUUAAUUCCCAGAAAUAAUUAACUUGUGACCUCUCCCCAAAAUAUCUAAACAUUAUCCAGCGAACAGGUAACGAGAAACUCAAACUUAUCAGAUGGAAAUUGUUGUAUUUAUCGUACACCAGAUACUUAUAACGAUUAACAAGGAAAUGAGUAGCAGGUAAAGGGGAGAAUUAACGAUCAAAUCUUAGGAGUUUAAGGGUUAAUGACCGUUUCGAACUAAGCCCUCUGAAAAAAAAGAACCUAACCGUAUAGGCCGGUUAUUUAGGCGAGGUCCUGCCUAAACCACAGUUUUACACAAGCAAUGGGCUUCUGGCGUUGUCUUUGAGGGAUUGAUUUGAUGUCAUAAGUGUCCUUCCCCUGUUAACUGUCGGCCCUCUUGUCACAGCUCACAAAAAUAAAUUUUAAGAUAAAAGGUUCGGCCAAGUUGAAGAUAGUUUAGAACGCGGUUUUGUCAAACAACGGUUAAACUUUGUUAGAUAAUCGGUCCUAGAACUUCAAGGUUAUGAAUUUUUUCCAAGGUAUUUAUUAUUUGUUUAAAACAGGUAAUCCCUUUAUUUUUGGAUCAAUUAUUUUUUUCCUACAUCACAGGUUGAAGAGCUCGCAAGUAUCAUCGACUCACGAGAGGAGCUUGGAUCAAUUAUUCUCAGAAAUGCUGCGCUAGAUGACAAUAUGCUAGAAAUACUGACUCCUUCUCUGAAGAAUAGGCUCGAUUUAAAGGUGCGUUCGUCAAUUUAUCACCCACAGCCGCGAGUAAAUGUUUUAUAUAGAAUGAUAUUAACUGGUGCGCUUGUUUGUUUGAUUGUUUUUAGAUGCUGAACCUAAGUGUGAAUACUUUCGGGCCAGAAGGUGCGAAACACUUGGCUGAAGUUGUCAGAGAGAACAAUUCAAUUAAGAUGCUACUGUGAGUACCUACUGAUUUUGAACUUAUCCUGUCUAUUUGUAACGGAUUCUUUAUGUCGUAUUGUUCAAAGAUGUUAUGGUACCGUUGUAUCAGCAUUUUGGUACAGUUGUAUCAGCAAAUCAGCUCGCCUAUUUUUAAAGAUAGAUCUCGAAGAUAUGUCAAAUUCGAAUCCCUCUCACUAGAGCGAGAAAAUCCGCUAAUAUCGGAUUCAUUGCUCUGUUUCAGGUUACAUGGAAAUAAGUUAAACGAUAAUGGAGUUGGGAUACUAGUCGACGCUAUUUUAGAAACCACAGGCACGGCAAUAAUGAACCUGGACAUAGGAGACUGUGGCAUCACGCAAGAUGGCGCCGAACAUAUCGCCAAACUGAUCGAGCAUAACCAGACGGUCUCGAUACUAACGAUCAGCGGUAACAACAUUGACUUGAAGGGUUGGAAGAGUAUUAGCAAGGCCUUGAUCACAAACAGCACUUUGGAAACAAUUUCUCUAGACUUCAAUAAUUUAGGUGACGAGGAAGCUGUUGUCUUGGCUGACGGUAUACGAGGAUGUAAAAGCCUCAGUUACAUUGACAUGGAGGGGAACAAAAUUGGUGACGAAGGAGCGCUAAAGCUUUUUGAAGCAGCAAAAGCCAAUAAGUCAGUUGUCGACCUUACGCUCCUGCCAAUGAAUCAGAUAUCAAAAGAAAUAUCUGAUGAAGUAAAGCAGUUCCUGACGGAAAGAGAAAACGAACGAAAGAAUAAUGCACAUCGGAAGGAAGAUGGUAAUGAACAACCUGUUGUGGCCGAAGGAGAAGAUCAACAUGAACGCGAAGAGAGUGCACAGGAACGUGAAGGAGAGAAUGAACGAGAACGCGAAGAGAGUGCACAGGAACGUGAAGGAGAGAAUGAACGAGAACGUGAAGGUGAGGGAGACAAACGAGAAGACGAGGAAGACGAAAAAGGAGGCGAAGGAGACAAAGAUGAGGGCGUGGAAGAGGAAGACAAAACAGACGGUGAGGAGGAAAAACAAAAGGGCGAGGAGGAGCAAGCUGAGUCGGGUGAAAUACACGCGGAACAAGGAGAAGGAGAGAACCACGACAAAGGAGAACAACAACCAGGUGGAGAUGAACUUAAAGAAAGUGAUCAUUCUGCUCCUGAAGUUGAGGAGGCGGCAGGCAAAGGGAAUCCUGAGGAACCAGAGUCUGCUGCACCUGAAGAGGAGGCUGACCAACCGUCGGGUGAACUGCCUGCUGGAGAACAUGAUAUAACGAAGGAGAAUGAUAAUGAGCAACAGAACGAGCCUGGAGAAAGUUCUGUAAAGGAAACGUCCCGGGAAGAUCCCCCAGAACAGGAACCACCUGAGGGAGAGAAAGACGACCCUACCCCUCAAGAUCCAAGAGAAUCACUCGAUCACAGUACGAAUGACGAGGAGACGCCCAAGGAAGACUCGUCCACCGAGCGAAAUGGCAAAGAUCAGGAAGAAUCGGGGAAAGAUAACGAAGAAGAUAAAGAACCAGCUGCAGAUUCUGUGUAGAGUUUUUACUCGUAUGCAUAGCAGAGGAAAAUUCAUCUGUCGUCAACGUGCAACUCGUGUCCGUCCUGAGCCAUUCGUGCUCCGCAUUUAUGUUGUCUUGUCUAUGCGAUGUCUGUCGACCUUCGCACAUUUUUAUUUUAAAGGCUUCACCACCUUGUCCAUCAUUUUUCAGUAGUCAAACAAAACGACCCCAAAGAACGCGAUUAAGCUCCAUUUACUUACAUUUUCAUUUUUAGUAUAAACAAAUAAGCUUAUAAUGUAAGUUUAGGUGUAGAUUGGGCCAUUGUUUUUAGUUUUAUUUACUUUGUUGAGAGUUUAUUCCCUUCCCCCUCCCCCCACCCGUUCAUAUUGUUAAUGAUCAUUAAUGAUUCACAAUUAAUUACCUUAAGACUGUCGUAUGACGAACCGUAGGACAGUGAAAUAAUUUAAGUGCGGCUCUUUCGUGCUUGGGUAGAAAAGUCUACAGUUAAUUGGGCUGAAAAGAAUCCCGUUGGUGUGAUGAUGAUAUUUUAUAGACAAUAUCAAUUUAAAAUGUAAAUGUUUUUUGGAAGAUGUCACAUAAUAUUUUUAUAAGUGAUUACUGACAAAGGUUUGGGAGAGUCGAAGGAUCAAAGUAUAAUCAGUGUCAGACUGUUAUCUCAGUGGCUUUCCAGUCCGUAUACGAAAAGGAAACAAACCAACAAAUUGUACAUAAAACAUUUCAAUUAACUUGA